AUGGAGCGGUUAUCUGACUUGAGAUACUGCAGUGCUCAGAGUCUUACUUUUGGCACUUUUACUGCUGAUGAAAUUAGAAAACUAAGUGCUGUUAAAGUAAUUACACCUUUAUCUUUUAAUUCUUUGGGACACCCCUUACCUGGUGGCUUGUAUGAUCCAGCUUUAGGACCAGUAGACUAUGGUGGACAAUGUUCAACUUGUAAAUUAAAAAUGCUACAAUGUCCUGGUCAUAUGGGUCACAUAGAAUUGCCUCUUCCGGUGAUUAAUCCUAUAUAUCAUAAAAUUAUAAAAAAUAUACUAAAGAUAUCUUGUAUUCAGUGCUACAAGGUACUGAUCCCUAGCAGUGUGAAAUACCUUUUGGUGUGUCAGUUGAAGCUAUUAGAGAAAGGUUACUUUGUUGAAGCUUCAGAAAUGGAAACCAAAUUUUCGAAUGUAGUGUCAGGAUGGGAUAAAAUGAAAAAAGAUAUUGCAGAAGAAAUUCUAGCUUCAACAGCUAUGGAACAGUAUGUUGAAGAAGUUUUGUCUAAAUCAUUAGAAACUGAUCAGGAAGUAAAAGGAGAAGGUGAUCUGAGAAAUUCAUUUAUUAAAAAGUGUGUUUCAUAUUUGUAUAAAGGUAAAAGAUGCCCAUUCUGCAAUCAAAUUUGGAAUUAUAUUAAUAUAGUUAACAACAAAAUUUUAAUUAAUUUAGGGAAAAUUCAAGUUGCUGAAAAAUUUACUACGCCUAGAAAAUCAAAUGCAGAUGUAUCAAUGGGUGGAUACAGUUUUGUUACAGCCAAAGAAUGCAAAAACUAUUUAAUGAAAAUUUGGGCUAACGAUGCUGACAUUAUGAAAUCAAUUGUCCCAAUGCUUAAAGACACUACUGAAAUAGACCCUGUGAACAUUUUUUUUAUAACCAAUGUAUUUGUCACACCAUCAAAUUCAAGACCUGUUAACAUUGUUAAUGGCAUAAUCACCGAGCACCCUCAGAAUAUGAUUUAUAAAGCUAUCCUGAAUGACUGCCUUAUUAUUAAAAGUAUUAUAGUUGUUAUGAACAAUGAUGAAAAUAAAGACACACUUUCUACUGAACGCAUAGAAAUAAUUGAAAAAAUAAGAGGGAAGGAUUAUACUGAGAAAUUACAAUUUGCUUGGCAGGAAUUGCAAUCAAAUGUUGAUUCUCUCUUAGAUAUAGAUAUGAAGAAAGUUCGUCGACAAACUGGUAUAGGCUUGAAACAAAUUAUUGAAAAAAAACAAGGUAUUUUGAGGAUGAAUAUGAUGGGGAAAAGAGUUAAUUAUGCUGCUCGUACUGUUAUUACCCCUGAUCCCAAUUUGAAUAUUGAUGAAAUUGGUGUCCCUGAAGCUUUUGCAAAGAAACUAACUUAUCCUGUACCUGUAACUGUUUGGAAUGUCACUGAACUUCGUAAAUUGGUCAUGAAUGGCCCUGAUGUUCACCCUGGAGCUAAUUUUAUUGAAGAUGAAAAUAGAAGAAUAUUAAAAAUAGAUGCAGGUGACACCGUAACUAGAGAAGGAUUAGCUAAACGUCUAUUGACUCCGGGUGAAAAAGCUGGCUGUAAAAUUGUUCAUCGUCAUUUAAUUAAUGGUGAUAUUUUGCUUUUAAAUCGUCAACCAACUCUACAUCGUCCUAGCAUAAUGGCACAUAAAGCUCGAGUGUUAAAAGGUGAAAAAACUUUUCGUUUUCAUUACGCAAACUGUAAGUCUUAUAACGCUGACUUUGAUGGUGAUGAAAUGAAUGCCCAUUUUCCUCAGAAUGAAGUUGCAAGGAGUGAAGGUUAUAAUAUUGUUAGUGUCUCAAAACAGUAUUUAGUCCCUAAAGAUGGUACCCCUUUAAGUGGGCUUAUACAGGAUCACAUGGUAUCUGGAGUAAGGCUUUCUGUUAGAGGUAAAAUGUUUACCAAAAGUGAAUAUAUGCAAUUGGUUUUUCAAGGACUUUCCUCUAAGCAAGGGAACUUAAAAACAUUAAAACCCUGUAUUAUGAAGCCUGUUCAACUGUGGUCAGGAAAACAAAUUAUAUCAACUUUAAUAAUAAACAUUAUUCCAGAAGGACAAGUUUUAAUUAAUCUCACUUCUAAAGCAAAGAUUUCUUGUAAGGCUUGGAACAGGGGCUCAUCUGAAAAAUGGAAAGCUGGUGGAACACCUUUUAAGGAUGAAAAAAUAAUGAGUGAGGAAGAAGUUGUCAUAAGACAAGGAGAACUUUUAUGUGGCGUUCUUGAUAAAACGCAUUAUGGUGCAACUCCUUACAGUUUAAUUCAUUGUAUGUAUGAAUUAUAUGGUGGUGAAGUGUCAAGUGCUUUAUUAAGUUCCUUCGCUAAACUUUUUACUGCCUUUCUUCAGAUGGAAGGAUUUACUCUAGGUGUAGAAGAUAUUUUGGUCUUGAAACAUAGUGAUAAAAAACGAACAAAGUUGAUAGAAUCGGCUCGUAAAAUUGGCAAUGAAAUUGUUUCUAAAGUGAUUGAGGUACCUAAUGGUAGCUCUUUGGAGAAGGAAUUAGCUCAGAGACAUGCCAAAGAGCCAACAUUCCGUGCCCUCUUGGAUCAUAAUUACAAAACAGCACUAGAUACAUAUACUAAUGAGAUCAAUAAAAUUUGUGUCCCGAAUGGCCUAUUAAGACCAUUUCCCUACAAUAAUCUUCAGUUGAUGGUUCAGUCUGGAGCUAAAGGUUCAACAGUCAACACGAUGCAGAUCUCCUGUCUCUUAGGGCAGAUUGAGUUAGAAGGUAAAAGACCACCUCUCAUGGUUUCCGGAAAGUCUUUACCUAGUUUUUCUAGCUAUGACACAUCUCCAAGAGCUGGGGGAUUUGUUGAUGGAAGAUUUAUGACUGGUAUUAAACCUCAAGAAUUUUUUUUUCAUUGUAUGGCAGGCCGAGAAGGACUUAUUGAUACUGCUGUUAAAACUAGUCGUAGUGGAUAUUUACAGAGAUGUCUGGUCAAACAUUUGGAAGGUCUGAACGUUCAUUAUGAUAUGACUGUGCGUGAUAGUGAUGGCUCUAUUGUGCAGUUUCUUUAUGGAGAAGAUGGUAUGGAAGUAACUAAAUGCAAAUUUUUGAAUGAAAAACAAUUACCAUUCCUUCUUAAUAAUUUUUAUGCUGUUCGUAAUGAAAAUGUUCUAAAAGUUUUUAAAGAAACAACUGAUGUCAAAACUAUAAGAUCGUAUAAUAAAAAAGUUAAGAAGUGGAUGGAAGUAAAAGACACAAAACCUAGGAGAUUGAGUCCAUUUCUUAAUUUUUGUAUGAGUAUGAGUGAUCAAGUUGAAUCCUCCUCUUCUAUAAAUCCAUCAAAAGGAAGAACACACCACAAUCUAAAGCUUUGUAAAUUAUGGAACAAGCUUUCACAUGAAGAGAAGCUUAAUUAUGGAGAAAAUUGUUUAAAAACUCCAGAUCCAGUUGUAUCCAAAUUUCAACCUGACAGGCAUUAUGGUUCAAUUACUGAAAAGUUAGAUCUUCUUAUUAAUAAUUACAUGAAGCAACACCAAGGGGAAGUGAAAGAGAAACAACUUAGAAGUCUAAUUUGUGAAAAAGCUCUUUUAUCUCUCUGUCCUCCUGGUGAACCUGUUGGUCUUCUUGCUGCUCAAUCGGUUGGUGAACCAUCCACUCAAAUGACAUUGAAUACUUUCCACUUUGCUGGUAGAGGAGAAAUGAAUGUAACGCUGGGUAUUCCUCGGCUAAGAGAAAUAUUGAUGGUAGCAUCAAGAAAUAUUAAAACUCCUUCUAUGGUGAUACCUUUUAAAGAUGUUCCUAAAUUGGAAAGUCAAAUAAAUAAGUUAAGAAGAAAGCUAACUAAAAUUACAUUAGCUGAUGUUCUUGAAAGUAUAUCAGUUCAUGAAAAGCUUCAGCUAAGUCCACACAGGCAGCAAGUUUACAUUCUAAAAAUGAAAUUUUUACCUCAUGAAGCUUAUAAAGAUAACACUAUAGUAACACCAAAGCAAAUUUUAAAGUAUGUUGAAAAGAAGUUUUUAAAAAAUUUAUUGAAUAGUAUUAAAUCAAAAAGGAAAAAAGCUAAAGAAAUUAUCACUAGUGAAGCUGAAGAUGGCAAUACCAAGUCCUCAAAGGACGAUGAUGAAGACGAGGGAGAACCUGAUGCAGGCAAAAAAACUAAGAAAGCAAAAGUUGUUACUGGAGAUGAUUAUGAAAGCUCGGAAGAAGAACCUGAAGGUGAUGAUGAUGAUGCUACUACUGCUAGAAGGAGAGCUCGCCAGCAGGAAGAGCAACAAUAUUCAGAUAUGGAAGAUGAUGUGUCUGUUGAAGGAGAGAUGGCUGGGGAAGGGGUUGAAGAAGAGUGGGAAGUUGAGGAACGAAUAGAAGAUAAUGAUGAGGAAAAAUCAUCUGAUAAUAUAAACAAAGAAGUGAUUGGACGGAAAUCUCUUGUUACCAGUCUAGACUGUAUAUCAGAGUAUAAGUAUGACACUGUGAAAGAGCAAUGGUGUGAAGUGACCAUUGGUCUGCCAAUGAAAAUCGGUCGCAUUGACAUGUCUUCAAAGCUUAGAGAAAUUUGUAAUUCCAGUAUUGUCCAUGAAGUGCCAGGAAUCAAAAGGGCUAUUGUUCAAACUAGAAGGAAUGCAAGUACACCACUAUUGAGAACUGAUGGACUUAAUAUGUCUGAAAUGUAUUCUUAUGAUAAACUGCUUGAUCUUAACAAACUUUUUACAAAUGAUAUUCAUGCUAUGGCACUUACAUACGGUAUUGAAGCUGCUACAAGAGUUAUUGUAAAAGAAGUACAGGAUGUGUUCAAGGUAUAUGGAAUCACGGUUGAUCCAAGGCAUUUAAACCUUAUUGCCGAUUAUAUGACUUUCAGUGGAGUCUACCAACCAUUAUCUAGAAAAGGUUUGGAAGGAGGUGCAUCUCCUUUGCAGCAAAUGAGUUUUGAAUCAUCAUUAGGGUUUUUGAAAAGUGCAGUUCUAAGAGAGAAAAGAGAUGACUUAUCAUCACCAUCCAGCCGACUAAUGCUGGGAGCUCCAGUGAAAAGUGGUACUGGCUCUUUUCGCCUUCUGCAAAGAAUUACUGUUUAA